AUGUCGUUCAGAAAUCAUCAAGGAGGAGAGGUUUCCAAACCACUCAUUAAUAAUAAUGCAGCACUCUAUUCAUCUCCCUAUUCAACAAUACCAAACUCUUCAUCACUUCCGUCAUCAUCAUUGGAAGAAAAAUCAUCAUCUUGCACUAAAUGGAAGGAACAAGUGAAAGGGUGGAGAAGAAUUACAUCACACAUUUUGGCAAUUAUUAUUAUUCUUUCCGUGUUGGGAUUUGCAGGAGCAUAUUUUGGAGAACAUGAUUUGAAAGGAGCUCCAACAUGGAAACUUGGUUUACUCAUGUUGGUUUCUGUUAGUUUUGGAUUUGUUUUGAUUCAAGGAGCUUUUGGAUUUGGAGCUCACUUUAGAGUUUUAUAUAAACAACAAUAUGAACCAGUCAUGAUUGAAUUGAGGGAGGAAAGUGAGGAUGAGGAAAAGAAAAUGAAGAAUAUCUUACCACCUUCAAAAGUAUUACCACAAUUUUCAACAAUGCAAGCUCAUGCAGUAAUGAUUGCAAUUGCUACCUUCCUCUUUUCAAUGUUAUACAUUAUCGAUAAGGCUGCUGGAUGGAAAAUGUACGCCCCAGAAGCUUCACCAAUGACUAUCUCAAUCAUUUUGGGAGGUUUCUUGUUCGGUUUUGGUAUGCAAUUGGGUGAUGCUUGUGCAAGUGGUACCUUAUUUACCAUUGGUGCUGGUAGUUUAUGGAGUGUAUAUUUGUUGGUUUUCUUUGUUGCUGGAAGUGUUAUUGCUACUGCUUUGCAAAGUGCAGGAGAUUGGAACAUUUCAUUCCCAAAUCAUGUCGGUCUCUCAUUGCUCUUCCCAGGAGCUUUCUUAAAGAAGGGUUAUGGAAUUGCCUUUUUACAAAAACAUGCUUGGUUGGAAUAUUUGAUUGCAGUUUUUGCCAUGUGUACACAAAUUACUAUUUUACUUGCUUUUGCUAUUGGAGUUCAUUUCUAUAAUAAGAGAAAGCAAAAAGAAGCUUCUAGAGAAGGAUUAAUUAAUCAAGUAGAGAAUGAAGAAGUUCAACUUUCUACAUCUCAAAAGAUCAAGGAAUUCUUUUCAAAUAUUAUCUUUAAAUUAAUUUAUGGACCUUGGGAUAUUAUGAGCACUGGUAUUGCUUUGGCCUUUUUCAACUUUUUCUUCCUUCUCAUCACUCAACAUCCUAUGGGACUUACUGGUCCAUUUGCAAUUAUUGGUUGUAAGAUUUUGGAUGCCAUUGCUCCAAAUUUAAAUGUUCCUGGCUGGUCUGCUUGGAAGGGUACUGAUCUUAGAAAGGCUAACAUGCUUUUCAAUCCAAACUUUAUUCUUGAUUUUGGUAUUGUUUAUGGUGCCAUUAUUGCCACUUUAUUGAAGGGUAAAUUCCCAAGUUUCCUAGAUGGAAUGUCUUUGAAGAGUUUUGCUCCAAAGAGAACUGACGAAAAUGGAGAUAGAGCUUCUGUGUUUUUCACCAUUUCUAAUUAUAUUUCAAGAUUUGUUGAUUGGAUUAAGGAUAACUUUGGAAUUGCUAUUGCAAAGAUUAUUGGAGGUAUUGCUAUGGGUAUUGGUGCUAAAUUCGGUUAUGGUUGCAACAUUGGAGCUUACUUUUCAGGCGUUAGUUGCAUGUCCAUUCAUGGUUACACUUGGAUUAUUAUGGCCUUGUUUGGUGGUUAUCUUGGAGCAGUUGCUAGACCAUACUUUGGGUACAAGAAGAGAAAAGUUGCUUGUGGAAAAAAGAAACCAAUACAGUUGGAAGGUAAUGAAGGAACAAAACCUAAUAACCCUGCAGUUUUACCUCUCUUGGUAAAACCAAAUAAUAAUAAUAAUAUUGAAAAAAACAAUGAAAAUCGCCAAAAAGGUUCAGGAAGGAUUGCUAAAAAUCCAACGGAAAUAGAGUUGGAAAAUUAUGAAGGAAUUUCUGAUUACCUGAACAAGGAUUUGAAAACUCUUCCUUACUUGGGUAUUGUUAUGCCUACAAUACCAAGAGGUCCAAAGCAACAAUUAAAAGUUGAUUAUUUCACACCAACUUUGGCCUCAUAUCAUGCAGAAUUUCAAAAACAUCCAAUUCUUGGCAAGUUAAUCUCCAUGUAUGUUAUGAACAUGAGAGGAAAUGAAAAACAUGAACUUUUUGAAAAAUUACACGAUCAAUAUAAGGAAACAACUUAUGGAAAUGAGGAAAGAAAGGUUUGGAAUUUUAACAAAUUGGAUACUAGUGAGGUAUAUCAAGCUCCUGAUGGAAAAUCUAUUAUUCCUCCAACUGCACACAGACAAACCUCAGAUGUUAUACAUUUUCUCUCUUCUGUUGACAAAAAGACCAAAUAUUUACUAAUUGUGGAAGAUGAUUUUCUUGUUUGUGAACUUGCUCUCACUACAAUCUUACACUUGAUUGAAAAAUCAAAUGCUAGAUAUGGAGAAAAUGGAUGGGCUGCCAUUCGUAUUGCAAGUGGACUCAACGGUAUCAUUAUGAGAAAUGAAAAUGGAGAUGUUGCAGCUUAUGCCGAGCAUUUGAUUAAGAGAAUUGGAAAGAGACCUCCAGAUCACUUAUUUACUGAAUUUGCUGCAAGAGAAACACCAAGUUCACUAGCCUAUUUUGGAAAUAGAUAUAUGGUUGCCUAUAAGUAUAACUUGUUAUUUCAUCUUGGUAAAGUUAGUACCAUCAGAGCAACUGAACACUACGAUAUGCCAAAAUGUUGGGAAACUUUGAUUUAUCCAGUUUCAUUUGAAGUUGAAGCUUUUGAUCCAAAACAAUGUCCAACAGACGAUUUGUGGCCAUGUACCAAAUAUACAAGAAUUCAAUCGCAAGUAGUUGCAGAUAUCCCAAUCGUAGAUGUCACAAAUACAUUCCCGACAAUGAGGCCAAUGAAACUAGGUAGUUCCAAUACUGAACCAAAAGGUGUUGCUAUAUAAAAUGUUCUAAUUUUG